AAGUGCUGGGAGUUAACAUGGCUUCGAAAGGCCAAGUCGAGAGUUUAACCGAGGAGGCAAUUUGUUCCAUCUGCCUGGAUUUCUUCACCGAUCCGGUGUCACUGGAUUGUGGACACAACUUCUGCCGCUCCUGUAUCAGAAGGUGUUGGAAAAGGGAGGAGAGAAACUCCUGGCCAGAAUGCAGAGAGGAGUUUAUCGACCGGACCCUCAGGGUCAAUCAGGCCUUAGCAAGACUGGCUGAGAAAACUCGAAAAGUAAACCCGAAUCCGAGAGAGAAGAAAAAUAAACUUCACUGCGAGGAACAUCAGGAAGAACUGAAGCUGUUUUGUGAGACGGACGAGAAAUUAAUCUGUGUGAUCUGUAGAGAUGCGCGGGAACACAAGUACCACAACUUCAUGCCGGUUAAAGAAGCAGUUGAAAUCUAUAAGGAACAGUCACACAGUCUUCCGUCCCACAUCACUUCCCAGUUUGGUGAACUGCACCGGAUUCUCACCGAGAGAGAGCAGCAUCUACUCAGAGAUCUCGGGGAAGAAAAGGAGAGAAUUCUAAUCCCAAUGGAGAAAAACCUUCAAUGGAUUCAAGAGAAUUUAAAUUCUAUUCAGAAGAAACUCUCAAAGUUGCAGGAACAGAUGGCUCAAAAAGAUAGUGUCGUAUUUCUCAAGGAGGAAGCUUGUUGGAAGAAGAGGAAUAUUGAAGAGAAACAAUUAUUGUCAGUGGCAGAUGGUACACUGCCGGUUGAAAAAUUUGAUCAGCCUCUAUUGCAUACAGGGUGGAGAGAUAUGUUUCAUGUCACUAAGUUGAAUGGAUAUUUGGGCGAAUCUGCUCUUCUGGGCAUGCGCAGGACACAGAACAAGCGAAGAGGAAAUGGUAUACUGAAUGCGCGUUUGUCCAGUUACAGAGUAAAAAAACCUAAAAGGAAUUGCUUUUGGCUCUCGCGCAGGAGGAGAGCCCGUCUAGUGGACAAUCGCGGUACUGCAGGGGUGCAGCAGCUCCCCGAAACUGAAAGGACCCUGAACCAGGAGGUACCGGGCAUGGCUUCGAAAGGGCAGGUCGAAAGUUGGACGGACGAGGCAAUUUGCCCCAUCUGCCUGGAUUUCUUCACCGAUCCGGUUUCACUGGAGUGUGGACACAACUUCUGCCGCUCCUGCAUCACACGACAUUGGAAAAGGGAGGAGAGAAACAUCUGUCCGGAAUGUAGAGCGCAGUUUGCAGACCGGAUUCUCAGACCGUGUUGGCUCCUAGCAAGACUGACUGAGAAAGCUCGAAAAGUACAGCUGAAGUCGAGACAGAAGAAAAGGAAACUUCACUGCAAGAAACACGAGGAAGAACUGAAGCUGUUUUGUGAAACGGACAAAAAGCUGAUCUGUGUGAUUUGUCGAGAUGCCCGGGAACACAAAGAGCACCGCUUCCUGCCGAUUAAAGAAGCGUUUGAAGUCUACAAGGAUCAGGUUAAAUCAUCCUUCGAACUUCUCACAAAAAGGAAGUCAGUGAUCAAGGCAAUGGCGGAGCUACAGGAACAAAACAUUGAAAGAGUUCGGGAACAGUCACACAGCGUUCAGUCAGAGAUCACAUCCCAGUUUGCUGAACUGCAUCAGAUUCUCACUGAGAAAGAGCAACACUUACUCCGAGAUCUCAGGAAAGGAGAGGCAAGGAUUAGAAAUCCAAUGGAGAAAAAUCUUCGAGUGAUUCAAGAGAAAUUAAAUUCAAUUCGGGAAGAAAUCUCAAUGUUACAGAAACAGCUGGAUGAAAAAGACAGCGUGAAAUUUCUGAAGGAGGAAGCUCAACAGAAGAAAAGGAUCUGUGAUGAAGAAGUUUCACUGUCAGUGACAGAUGGUGCUCUGCCGAUUGCAAAGUUCAAUUGCCUCUUUUUAUUGAAAAACAUUUUGGAAGAAUCAUUUGAUGCCAUUAAUCGAGUCUCUGUCACCCUGGAUGUGGAAACGGCGAAUCCGGAGCUCAAGGUGUCUGAGGAUCGGAAGAGUGUGAGACGGACCGGGACCCGGCGGAAUCUCCCUGACACCGGGAAGAGGUUCACAUACUGGUUUUGUGUGCUGGGAUCGGAGGGAUUCACAUCGGGGAGACAUUACUGGGAGGUGGAGGUGACGGAGAAUCGGUACUGGGGUCUGGGAGUCGCCGCAGAAUCUGUGGAGAGGAAGAGACAGGUCAGACUGAUUCCUGAGACCGGAUUCUGGACCAUCAGGCGGGAUGAUCUUGUAAUGAGGGUUCUCACCUCCCCUGAGUCCCGUCUCCCUGCCGGUCCCAUCCCCGGGAGGGUGGGAGUUUAUCUCAGUUACGAGUCCGGGACAGUUUCAUUUUACAACGCAGAGACCAAGUUCCAUCUCUACACCUUCACUGGGAAUAAAUUCACGGGGAAACUUUAUCCUUUCUUCUGGACGGGAUAUACAAACCAGUGGCUGAGAAUCUGCUCCGGUUCCGCUCCGGAAACACUGCGGAUUCAGCAGCAGCCGCGGGCGGCGGGUCCUGAGCUCCCCGGCUCCCCGGAUCCUGAAGUCCAUCGGCACAAGCGUAAAUUAACUGGGACAAGUGGUGGUGGUGCUGACUGCAAGGCGGAGGUCAGGGUGAAUCUUGCAAGCGCAGAAAACAACACAGGAGGUCCAUCAGGAUCCACGAAGAGUGAAACGGAAUUUGCGUUCCACAUCGAUGACAUCUUCCAGAAUUCAUGGUACUGUAUAGAGAGCCUUCCCUUCCCUGCCGCUGCAGUUUUAUCCGAGCAGCCACCGUACCUGAGUACUGGGAGGAUUGGGGUUCGGAAGCACUGGGUGCACUCGGCCUCUGCGCGUCUAGUGGACAAUCGCGGUACUGCGGGGAGAGCCGCUCCCAAAAGUGAAAUGAACCUGGAUCCGGAAGUAACUGGAGUUAACAUGGCUUCGAAAGGCCAGUUCGAGAGUUUAACCGAGGAGGUAAUUUGUCCCAUCUGCCUAGAUUUCUUCACAGAUCCGCUGUCACUGGAGUGUGGUCACUCCUUCUGCCGCUCCUGUAUCACACGGUGUUGGGAAAGGGAGGAGAGAAACUCCUGCCCGGAAUGUAGAGAGGAGUUUGCGGACCGCACCCUCAGGGUCAAUCGGGCCUUGGCAAAUCUGUCCGAGAAAGCUCGAAAACUGAACCUGAAUCCGAAAGGGAAGGAAAGUAAACUUCACUGCGAGAAACACGAGGAAAACCUGAAGCUGUUUUGUGAGACGGACAAGACACUGAUCUGCCUGAUCUGUAGAGAUGCGCGGGAACACAAGUCUCACAACUUCAUGCCGAUUAACGAAGCCGUUGAAAUUUACAAGGAUCAAGUUAAAUCUUCCUUAGACUCUCUCACAAAAAGGAAAUCAGACUUCGAGGAAAUGGAGCAGCAACAGAAAGAGAAGAUUUCUGAAGUUCGGGAACAGUCAUGCAGUCUUCAGUCCCACAUCGCAUCCCAGUUUGCUGAACUGCGCCAGAUACUCAUUGAGAAAGAGCAGUGCUUACUCCGAGAUCUCAGAGAAGAAGAGGCGAGGAUUCUACAUCCAAUGGAGAAAAAUCUUCGAGAGAUUCAAGAGAAUUUAAAUUCUAUUCAGGAGGAAAUCUCAAAGUUACAGGAACGGAUGAAUCAACAAGACAGUGUGAUAUUUCUCAUGGAGGAAGCUCGUCGGAAGAGGAGGAUUAGUGAUGAUACCCAGACAUUGUCAGUGACAGAUGGUGCCCUACUGGUUGAAAAAUUCAAUCACCCCUAUUUCUUCAACAUAGCAUUGGAAGAACCAUUUGACAGCAUUAAGCGAGUCUCUGUCACCCUGGAUGUGGAAACGGCGAAUCCGUGGCUCGAGGUGUCUGAGGAUCGGAAGAGCAUGAGGUGUUCCGAGACCCGGAGGGAUCUCCCUGACACCGGGAAGAGGUUCACAUACUGGCUUUGUGUGCUGGGAUCGGAGGGAUUCACAUCGGGGAGACAUUACUGGGAGGUGCAGGUGGCAGGAAAUCAGGGCUGGUGUCUGGGAGUCGCCGCAGAGUCUGUGGACAGGAAGGGAGCGGUCAGAGCGAGUCUGCAGACUGGAUUCUGGAUCAUCGAGCGGGAUGAUCACGGGAACAAUGCUUUCACCUCCCCUGAAUCCUGUCUAACUGUCGGUCCCAUCCCCGGGAGGGUGGGAGUUUAUCUCAGUUACGAGUCCGGGACAGUUUCAUUUUACAAUGCGGAGACUAAGUCCCAUCUCCACACCUUCACUGGGAAUAAAUUCACGGAGAAACUUUAUCCUUUCUUCUGGACUUGGGAUGAAAACCAGUGGCUGAGAAUCUGCUCCGUCCCGCUCCGGGUCUGUAAACGGGUCGGGUCCGGGACCGACGUCAGGAGUAAGUCAGUGUAAAUAUAAAUGUGCGGAGAGUGAAAUAACACGAUGUGAGAAUGAUUGAUCCAUUAAUUUUAACUCGUUCACCGCAUCAGUCAACGGAACAGAAACACUGCGGGUUCAGCAGCAGCCGCGGGCGGUGGGUCCUGAGCUCUCCAGCUCUCCUGGGUCCUAAAGUACACCGGCACUGACGUGGGUUAACAGGGACAAGUGGUGGUGUUGCUGACUGGAAGAGAGAGGUCAAGGUGAACCUUGGGAGGAUGAGACAUGUCGUGGUAGUAACACACAAAGUGCCGGAUACUCCCAGCAUGUCAGGUAGCAUCUAUGGAGGGAAGUGGACAGUUGAUGUUUCAGCUCCAGACCCUUCAUCUGGUCUGGAAGAAAUAGGGAGAUGGUCGGUACAGAAAGGUGGAGUAAGAGCUGGCAGCUGAUCCAGAUGAGGGAGGGCUGGAGUGUGGAAAUGUGUCAGAAGCUGCUGGAUGAGAUGUGGCAGUGUGGCAUCUUAACAAAUGCCUUCUUAAUAUCCAAGUAAAUGACAUCCACUGCCUAUCCUUUGUCCUUCCUACUUGUUACUACUUCGAAGAAUUCUAACAUAUUUUUCAGGCAAGAUUUCCCUUCACAGAAACAGGGCUGACUUUAACUUAGAAACAUAGAAACACAGAAAACCUACAACACAAUACAGGCCCUUCGGCCCACAAAGCUGUGCCAAACAUGUCCUUACCUUAAAACUAUCUGGGCUUACCUACAGCCCUCUAUUUUUCUAAGGCCCAUGUAACUUAUUUUAUUGUUAGUCUCCAAGUACCCCAAAACAUCAUCCUUAAUAAUAGAUACCAACACUUUCCCAACCACUGAGGUUAGGCUAACUAGCCUAUAAUUUCUUUUGCCUUCCUCCCUUCUUAAAGAGUGGAGUGACAUUUGCAAUUUUCCAGUCCUUCAGAACUAAGUGAUUCUUGAAAGAUCAUAAGCAAUGCAUUUGCUAUCUCUUCAGCAACCUCUUUCAGGACUCUGGAAUGUAGUCCAUCUGGUCCAGGUGAUUUAUCCACCUUCAGACCUUUCAGUUUGCCUAGCACUUUUUCCUUUGUAAUAUGAAUGGCACUCACUCCUGCUCCAUGACCAUGGACCUCUGGCUCGCUGCUGCAGUCUUCCAUAGUAUAGACUGAUGCAAAGUACUGAUUAAGUUCAUCUGCCAUUUCUUUGUCCCCCAUUACUACCUCACCUGCAUCACUUUCCAGUGGCCCAAUAUCAACUCUCACCUCCCUUUUAAUCUUUAUAUGACUGAAAAACUUUUGUUAUCCUGCAUUAUAUUAUUGGCUAGUCUGUCCUCGUAUUUCAUCUUUUCCAGUUCUAUGGCUUUUUAAGUUGCCUUUUGUUAGAUUUUAAAUCUUUCCAAUCAUCCAACUUCUCACUCGCUUUUGCUAGCUUGUAUCCCCUUUCCUUGGCUUUUAUGCAGUCCUUAACUUCCCUUGUCUGCCAACCCCACCAUCUGAGAAUAACUUCUGUGGGACAUAUCUAUCCUGCUCCUUGUGAACUACUCCCAGAAAUUUCAGCUAUCUCUGCUCCGCUGUCAUCCCCACCAGUAUCCCCCUCCAAUCCACCUGGGCAAGCUCUUCUCUCAUGCCUCUGGAAUUCCCUUUAUUCCGUUGUGAUGCUGAUACAUGUGAGUUAUGCUUCUCCCUCUUAGAUUUCAGUAUGAAUUCAAUCAUAUUUUGAUCACUUUCACCUAAAGGUUACUUUACCUUAAGCUCCCUAAUAAAAUCUGGAUGAUUACACAGCAUCCAAUCUAAGAUAGCCUUUCCCCUUGUAGACUCAAGCACAAGCUGCUCUAAAAAGCCAUCUUGUAGGCAUUCAAAAAAUUUGCUCUCUCGUGAUUUGACACCAUCCUGAUUUUCUCAAUCCCUGGGAUAUUGAAGUCUACAUUAUAAUUGUGACAUUACUCUUAUUACAUACCCUUCCUUUCCAGCUCCCUUUGCAAUCUCAACCCCACAUCUCGGCUAAUAUUUGGAGGCCUAUAUAUGAUUCCCAUAAUAUUUUUUUUUACCCUUGCGGUUUUUUAACUCCACUUAUAAAGAUUUGCCAUUCUCUGACCCCAUGUCAUUCUUUUAAAAGAUGUAAUUCCGUCUCUUACCAACAGAGCCACGCCAACACCGAUGCCUUCCUGCCUGUCCUUUUGAUACAAAGUAUACUCUUUGAUAUUAAGCUCCCACUAUGACCUUCUUUCAUCCACUCAGUGCUGCACAUAACUUAAUACUGACCAAUCUCUAAUUGCACCACGAGUUCAUCCGCCUUAUUCCGAAUACUACAUGUAUUUAACUACAGCUUCAGUCCAGCACUCUUUCCUCUCUUUUGCCUCUGUGGUACAAUUGAACUCUUUGCACAGUCUGCAUUUGUACCCAGUGAUCGGCUUGUCCUUUUUUUAUGUUCAUAUUACACCCAACAUCUUCUUGUAAACCUGCUGGCUCAUUCUCAGCUCUAUUAUACUGCUUCCCAUCCCACUCCCAACAGCUCUAUCAACUCCCGAAACGCGUAGGUCUUUUGAAUGUAGAGGAUACUGUAGUUCCCACGUGGUCGUGGGGAGAAUGUACAAACUCCUUACAGACAGUGGUGGGGAUUACACCGAUUGCUGGCGCUGUGGAGUGUUACGCUAGCGGAACGCGGCAGGGUGACUUGGACAGGCUGGGUGAGUGGGCGGAUGCAUGGCAGAUGCAGUUUAAUGUGGAUAAAUGUGAGGUUAUCCACUUUGGUGGUAAGAAAGGAAGGCAGAUUACUAUCUAAAUGGAGUCAAGUUAGGAAAAGGGGAAGUACAAUGAGAUCUAGGUGUUCUUGUACAUCAGUCACUGAAAGCAAGCAUGCAGGUACAGCAGGCAGUGAAGAAAGCUAAUGGCAUGCUGGCCAUAACAAGGGGAAUUGAGUAUAGGAGCAAAGAGGUCCUUCUGCAGCUGUAUAGGGCCCUGGUGAGACCACACCUGGAGUAUUGUGUGCAGUUUUGGUCUCCAAAUUUGAGGAAGGACGUUCUUACUAUUGAAGGAGUGCAGCGUAGGUUCACAAGGUUAAUUCCUGGGAUGUCAUAUGUUGAAAGAUUGGAGUGACUGGGCUUGUAUACACUGGAAUUUAGAAGGAUGAGAUGGGAUCUGAUUGAAACAUAUAAGUUUAUUCAAGGAUUGGGCACGCUGGAGGCAGGAAGCAUGUUCCCGCUGAUGGGUGAGUCCAGAACCAGAGGCCACAGUUUAAGAAUAAGGGGUAGGACAUUUAGAACGGAGUUGAGGGAAAACUUUUUCACCCAGAGAGUGGUGGAUAUGUGGAAUGCUCUGCCUCAGAAGGCAGUGGAGGCCAAGUCUCUGGAUGCUUUCAAGAAAGAGAUGGAUAGAGCUCUUAAAGAUAGCAGAAUCAAAGGUUAUGGGGGUAAGGCAGGAACUGGAUACUGAUUGUGGAUGAUCAGCCAUGAUCACAAUGAAUGGUGGUGCUGGCUUGAAGGGCCGAAUGGCCUACUCCUGCACCUAUUGUCUAUUGACUGUGACAUCCUUAUCACCUCAGGCAGUGUAAGCUGUGCUUCUGGUCUCUGGUACUCACCUUCACCAGAGAGUCAUCUGCAACUUCAGGGGUUGUUUCCACAGCAUGAGAAGGUUGGGUAAACAUGGGUGACCCUGGCAUCACAGUGAAACCAGCCUCUGGAAAGAGGUUUAUGAGAAUUAGAAAGAUGCUGAGUGCUGGUUUGGGUGUGGGGCGGAGUGUGUGAGGAGGUACUGUUCUGUGGGAGGUACGUGCUCAGUGUUGAGAUAUAUUUCCCACCCCAGCAAGGUGAUAAAGUGUGUGUUGAACUCCGAGACGAACCCACAUCCCAUCUCAGAGAUACACUCUGAACACACUUUCCAGUUUUAUGCUGUUUCUUGGUUCAACAGAGGACGUGAAAGGACAAAGGGAGAAGAUGUUAAGCUGACAUUAUAUGUCACCCAAACCAAGUAGGGCCCAGAGGACCACGAUAUUCAAAUCCCUCCCCCAGCUGAUCUCAGAAAGUAAAAGGUCAAGUGAGUUUGUCUCUUUCUGCAAGUGAUGACCAGCAGAAUUUUAAAGUAUUUUCCAUGCCAUCAGGCAGUAAAGAGUCAAAUAUUAAACCACACAAAUCAGGAAAUAAAAUGAGAGGACUUUGAAGAGACUAUUCAGCCCUUCAAGAUCGUCCUACCAAUCUGUCAGAUCAGGGUCCAUCCGGAUGUAUCACGGCUUGGCAUGGUAACUGCUCUGCCUGGGAAUGUCCCUUCCCACCUCGCCUUCUUAUUCUGACUUCUUCCCCCUUCACUUUCCAGUCCUGAUGACGUGUCUGAAUCUGAAAUGUUGACUGUUUAUUCCCAUCCGUAGAUGCUGCCUGACCUUCUGCGCUCCUCCAGCACAUUGUGUGUAUUGCUCUAGAUUUCCAGCAUCUGCAGUACCUCUUGUGUCAUCUUGUGCCAAUAAUACCCCAAUACCAACAGAUGGUGCAGUAGUAUGCCAUUUAGGGGAAUGCUUUACUGCGCCAGUGACCACACCACUGUCUGCAAGGAGUUUGCACGUUCUUCCCAUAACCAUGUGGCUUUUCUCCGGGUGCUCCAGUUUCCUCCCAUAUCGCAAGGACUUAGGGCUUAGUGUAAGUAAGCUGUGGGUAUGCUAUGUUGGUGCCAGAAGCAAGAUAACCCUUGAGGGCUGCCCCCAGCACAAUCCUCGGACCGUGUUGAUAGUUGGCGUCAUCGACACAUUUCACUGUAUGUUUCGAUGUUUCGAUGUUUCGAUGUACGCAUGACAAAGUUAAGCUUUCUUAAAAAAACUUGCUUGAUAACUAACCCUACAUUCUCCACACUGUUAUUGCUUUUUACUUUGUACUCACUUGAUGUAUGUAUAUUUUCAAAUAAAUUGUAUGGACGGCAUGCAAAACGAGAUUUUUCACUGUAUCAGUACAUGUGACCAUGAUAAACCAAUUGCAUCUCAGCAGCUGAAAGUCCUGAGAGUCCUCUGCCUUCCUCAGUACCUCUUUACCCUCUCCUGCACUCAAUCACACUCAACUCACUUUGGCACGUGGAGGAGAUUGGCUGUCCCAUUUAAGCAUUCACAGCUCAACCAUCACUGUGCUUACUCACACCUUCUGAUCCACAGUUAUCAUCAGAUCUUACAGCCUCAGACACAGCUGAACAUCCCGCCAUCAUGCCUGGAGACUAAUAUGCCAGGGAGGCAGUGGGGGGAGAGAUUGAUGACUUCACUGAUGAAAAUCAAUGCCACCUUAUUUCCCCUGAACCUACGGGGUUUAGUUACUCUGGGGAGGCUGUAAGACUACAGGGGAAGUUUAUAUUUAAACUGACAGUCACACCCUCCUCUGCUCAUCGAUAUUCAAAAAUCCCACUGUCACGCUGGGCAAACAUUUCUGUUCCUCAUCAUUUCCCACUCCUUCAUCACUUUCCGUCGCUUCUCACGGAAGAAGCUCUGUCUGGUUUAACCCUCAACCAGCCUGGGUCCUGUGAUCAAUACAGUUCAUAAAUGUUGAAAUUGUUGCCUUGUUCUGAACUCCCUCUUGGGGAUGCAUGCUUCACUGUGUUCACACUGUUGACUUAAGGUGCAUUAAAGGCACCUUGUUGCUCCUGGUUUCCUGCCACCCCAACCAGCUUGUCUUUGAGAGGUGCUAUGGACACAGUGUUCUGAGUUCUUUCAGAGAAGCCCUGUCAAGUUUGAGAGUCCGGGGGCUAAGGACUGGAGACCUAGAGGUGACCUGUCCUAGGGUUGGAGGUAUGUGUGUGUGUGUGUGUGUGUGUGUGUGUGUGUAUGUGUGUGGAGUGAGAGAGAGAGAGACAGGCAGAGAGAGAAUGGGUGGGAAGAUUUUUUUUGCUGUUGUUUUCUUGUUGCUUGUGUUGUUCUGCUGACAUUGUGGACGUCCCAUGUAGGUGCUGGAAUGUGUGAUGACACUUGCUGCCGUCAGCCCAUCCUUAGUUUGAGUUGGGUCUUAAUGGAAACGGUACAUUUCACUGUAUGUUUCAAUGGAUUUGUGAUAAAUAAAUGAAUCUGAAUAAAUAAAUCUGAACCUAAAUCUAAGCAGCUCAGUGAGAGAGCUCCAGAGUGACGGCAACUCAGAUCCGAAGUCAGGAUCAGAAGUAAGUUUAAUAUCACCGUUCACCGAUCUAGUUUUCAGAAUCAGGCUGAUUUAUCCCUGUUUUAUAAAGAAGUCAAAGACAAAGUAAAAUUCAUUGUCAAGGCAUAUUUUCAGUAUGUUACCAGAUAGUACCUUGAGAUUU